UCCCCCUCUCUCUGCUCACUCUGUGUUUCACUCUGUACAGCAGCAGUCUCUCAGCUCCAGCGUGUUUCACUCUGUACAGCAGCAGCCUCUCAGCUCCGGCGUGUUUCACUCUGUACAGCAGCAGCCUCUCAGCUCCAGUGAACAAGCAGCCUUCCCUCACAAUGGGAACCUCUUCAUUGCAGAUCUCCAGCCUGUACACACAAUGCCUGCGGGGGCUGGUUCUGGUCUCUCUGUUGAUGUGCAGUAGCAAAUCCAGCUUUGGUGUCGACGGUUACCUGAACCAGUUGCUUUGGGACUGUGAGUACAGUGACAGCAGCAUGACGGACAUGGUGUUUUCGAUGAGAUAUAUUUUUAACAAGCAGGAGAUUAUUCACUACGACACCAAGAUCCAGAAGCACAUUGGGAACACAGCCUGCGGGGUGAAGAAUGCGGAGGAGUGGAACAAGGAUAAGGACACGCUGGCAGGGCUGCUGAGUAACGUGGAUGGAGCUUGCAAACACAACAUGGGACUCUACCUGAGCUUCGCAACAGAUAGGAAAAUUCCACCCACUGUCAGAGUCCGCUCUAUGAAACCCUUCAGCUCUCAGCACCAGACCAUGCUGGUCUGCAACGCGUUUGGCUUCUACCCACGUGAGAUAAAGGUGACCUGGCUGAGAAACGGAGCGAAGGUGACGGCUGAUGUAUCCUCCUCAGAGCUGCUCCAUGAUGGAGACUGGACCUAUCAGAUCCACUCGUACCUGGAGCUCACCCCCCAGUCCGGAGACUCCUACACCUGCAGGGUGGAGCACAGCACCCUCGCUGAGGCUAUCGAGAAGAAGUGGGAUCCAGCGAUGCCUGAAUCUAAGAGAAACAAGAUCAUCAUCGGAGCUUCUGGAAUCGUUCUGGGCCUGGUCAUUGCAGCCGCUGGACUGAUCUACUACAAGAAGAAGGCUACAGGUCGCAUUUUGGUGCCAUCAGAUUAAGAUUCCUGAAGUGGCGGCUAAACAGGAUUAUUUGGUCACUGGUGCACGCCUUGAAGGGGUGGACUGUGAAGAUUUACAAUUGUAUUACUUUGUAUAACAUUCAAUUUUAGAUUC